AGCGCGGGCUGCCCGGUGCGGCGCCCGCAGGACCCCGGCGGCUACCCAUGCUGAGGUGAGUCCGCGGGAGCCGCCGCCGCUGCCACCGCCGUCCCCGUCCCCGUCCCCGUCCGCCCCGCGCGGCCCCGCCGCCGGCCAGGAUGCUGGAAGAAGCGGGCGAGGUGCUGGAGAACAUGCUGAAGGCGUCGUGCCUGCCGCUCGGCUUCAUCGUCUUCCUGCCCGCCGUGCUGCUGCUCGUGGCGCCGCCGCUGCCCGCCGCCGACGCGGCGCACGAGUUCACCGUCUACCGCAUGCAGCAGUACGACCUGCAGGGGCAGCCUUACGGCACUCGGAACGCAGUGCUCAACACGGAGGCCCGCACCAUCGACGCGGACGUGCUGAGCCGUCGCUGUGUCCUCAUGCGGCUGCUGGACUUCUCCUACGAGCAGUACCAGAAGGCCCUGCGGCAGUCGGCCGGCGCCGUGGUCAUCAUCCUGCCGCGAGCCAUGGCCGCUGUGCCCCAGGACGUCAUCCGGCAAUUCAUGGAGACCGAGCCUGAGAUGCUGGCCAUGGAGACCGUCGUCCCCGUGUACUUUGCUGUGGAGGACGAGGCCCUGCUCUCCAUCUAUGAGCAGACGCAGGCUGCGUCCGCCGCCCAGGGCUCCGCGUCGGCUGCCGAAGUGCUGCUCCAUACCGCCACGGCCAAUGGCUUCCAGAUGGUCACCAGCGGGGUCCAGAGCAAGGCCGUGAGCGACUGGCUCAUCACCAGUGUGGAGGGGCGGCUGACGGGGCUGGGUGGAGAAGACCUUCCUACCAUCGUCAUCGUGGCCCACUACGAUGCCUUCGGAGUAGCCCCUUGGCUGUCGCACGGUGCGGACUCGAAUGGGAGCGGCAUCUCCGUGCUGCUGGAGCUCGCGCGCCUCUUCUCCAGGCUCUACACGUACAAGCGCACCCACGCCGCGUACAACCUUCUCUUCUUCGCUUCUGGAGGGGGCAAGUUCAACUACCAGGGAACGAAGCGCUGGCUGGAGGACAACCUGGACCACACAGACUCCAGCCUGCUCCAGGACAACGUGGCCUUCGUGCUGUGCCUGGACACCGUGGGCCGGGGGGACAGCCUGCACCUGCACGUGUCCAAGCCGCCGCGGGAGGGCACGCUGCAGCACGCCUUCCUGCGCGAGCUGGGGGUGGUGGCCGCGCACCAGUUCCCGGAGGUGCGGUUCUCCAUGGUGCACAAGAAGAUCAACCUGGCGGAGGACAUCCUGGCCUGGGAGCACGAGCGCUUCGCCCUCCGCCGGCUGCCUGCCUUCACCCUCUCCCACCUGGAGAGCCACCGCGACGGCCAGCGUAGCAGCAUCAUGGACGUGAGGUCUCGGGUCGACUCCAAGACUCUGACCCGCAACACCAGGCUCAUCGCGGAGGCCCUGACCCGAGUCAUCUACAACCUGACGGAGAAGGGAACCCCCCCAGACAUGCCGGUCUUCACGGAGCAGAUGCAGAUCCAGCAGGAGCAGCUGGACUCAGUGAUGGACUGGCUCACCAACCAGCCGCGGGCCGCCCAGCUGGUGGACAAGGACGGCACGUUCCUCAGCACGCUGGAGCACUACCUGAGCCGCUACCUGAAGGAGGUGAAGCCGCACCACAUCAAGGCCGACAAGCGGGACCCUGAGUUUGUCUUCUAUGACCAGCUGAAGCAGGUGAUGAACGCCUACAGGGUCAAGCCCGCCAUCUUCGACCUGCUCCUGGCCGUCUGCAUCGGCGCCUACCUCGGGAUGGCCUACACGGCAGUCCAGCACUUCGACCUCCUGUACAAAACAGUUCAGAGACUGCUCGUGAAGGCCAAGACACAGUGACGAGGCCCGUCGCCGGCGCGGCGAGCCCCUGCCUGCCGCCCCUCCCAGCUCCGCAGCUGGCAGGAGGGCAGGGCUCCACCCCUGGUCAGCGGCCGAAACCCUGAAUUACAGAGCUUUUCUGUGUUGCUCUUGAGGACUUGGGGGAUUCUUUCUCUCUUUGGUCCUUUGAACCACUCAGAGGAGCAUUUGGCGGAGGGCCCGGGGCCGGGCCGCGGACUUGGGGACGAGCGUGCGGAUGAGCCCCCAGCCCCAGAGGCGCUGCCCUCAGGGCUCGCAGACCACGGGAUGACCGAGGAGACGCCCCCGGUGCGGCCUCCGCGUCCCUCCUCUUGGUCACGAUGCUGAGUGGGGACAGCAGGCUGAGGGGCAGGGGGCCGCCGUCGCUGGCCCGGGUCUGCCUGCCACGCCACCCUGACCCCCCCUGGUGACUUGGAUGCUCUUCCCCGUCUGAAGAAGGGUCCCCAGGUUCUGGCCCCUCCCUCGGAAGCCUUGUGUCCCCCCCCACCCUGGCUGGGACUGAGGGCAGCCACCUCAGUGCGGCCUUGGAAUGCGUCUCCCUCGAGCCCCCAUGGACGCUGGUGCCCUGAAGACCCGGCGGCCUCCCCGGCCCAGCUCCCUGCGCCAUUCACCUUCACAUGUGCUUCUCACCACCUGCUCCGCCCUCCCUGCUGUGCCCCGGGGAGCUUGGGCCUGUUCCCCAGGAACCUGGGUGCCUUUGGAGCCCAUGGGGCAGGAGGCACCGUGCAGGAGAGAGGAGGCCUCCUAUUCCUCCGCCCUUUACCUCAGGCUCUCUGGGCCUCCGUUUCCUCAUCCAUAGAAAGGAGGGUGUGUUCUGGGGCAGCCGCUGCCCACGUGUCCUGGGAGGCAUCCAGGCUGGGGUUCGAGGGAGAGCGUUUGCUGGAGAAGAUGCAACAUGGGCCCCAUGGGGCUGCCCUUCCGGGACCUGGGACCUGGGGAGGAAGGCCCAGGCCUGCACCCCACAAAUGAGGCUCCUUGGAAGGGAAGGGGUGUCUAGCGCUGCUGGGAUCGAUCUCAGGGAGAUCCAGGCGUGCCGAUUCAUUAGCAAUAUAAUCCGUUAGGUGUUCUGUGCUGAGGGGAGGGGAGGGAUGAGGGAGGGGCUCUGGGCACCUGCCUUAGCUUCCAGGGAAGCCUUCACAGAGGGUGUGAAGGAGCAGGGAGACCAGCUCCCUCCUGAGCCCGAAGCCAGCUCGCCACUCGCUGCAGGGGACAGCGAGGGGACGGUCUCCUGGGGGCUGCGUCCCCACCUUCUUCUUGGGCCUCCUUCCUUCGCCAAGCCUGACCCUCCCUGGCGGGGCCGCCGUCUCAACCUCCCAAGCUCCCCAGGCCUGGGGAGGGGCAGGCAUGGGGGUCACGGGCUCUCCUGCCUGUCCCCCCUUCUCUGUCCUGCUGGGUGGCCUGUCUUCCCCCAGAGACUGUUUACUGAGUGUCCAGCCAGCCUAGCCACCUCGGGGGGGCAGGAUGCGGGGACCGGCGUUGGCUUAUUGUCCCCUGCGCACGUAUGCAGGUGCCGGGUGGGUGUCCGUCCUCCCUGGGGCGGGUCGUCUGCCCAGGCUGGCUGUGGGACACACUUGGACGAUCAGAAAAUAAAGCCAUAUCGAAUGAUCA